AACAGACCUGCCUCCAUUUUACUCGCCCGCUGAAACCAAGAGCAGGAAGUAGCUACAAAGCCACUAAACAAAUGGUACCUCUCAGUCACAUUAAAAAUGUUUUACAUUUUUUUACCGUCCAAAAUGGAGCUGCGAUUUCUGUCUUGUUUAGAACCUGAAAAGAGACACAAAAGGCUGGAGUAACUCAGCGGGUCAGACAACAUCUCUGGAGAGAAGGAAUGGGUGUCGCCUGGCCAUUUCUUUCCCCCCCACUGAGGAGGUGAAGAACUACAAUUCCCAGAGUGCCGUGCUUGUUGCUCAGGCUGUUGCUGGGGACUCGUUGCCUUCCUAUGGUUGCCAUGUAAACACAGGCUUCUAGACAGUCCCACAGGCCCUGAGGAGGCAGGAAAGCUUUCCACCAAAUAUUCAUAUCGUUUAGGAACACACAAAGAAAAUAAUGGAUGUGCUGGAGGAAUCAGAUGAAGAGGGAGAGCCCAGAACUACAGGGGGCAAGAAGAAGAGAACCAUGUCAUAUGUUGCAAAAAUAGACCAACUGGAAUCUCUGAUAUCAGAUAUAGGUGUUAUGCAUUACCCGGAACCUUAUCAGCAAAACACUGCUAAAGAACGAACCAUGCUACAAUAUGCUGAAAACUUCAGGCAACAGUACGAAUAUCUAUAUCCAGACAGAAAGCCUUUGCUUCUGAGUCCUCUUAAUGAAUGUAAAAUGCAGAAGUUUGUGAGCACCACUCUACGGCCUACUUUGCUGAACCACAAGGAACUAUACACUUGGAAAGGGUGUGCCACGUUUGUUUCUGACUUUCUAAUAGUGGAUUCAUUAGAUCUCAUCACUGAAGUGCCAUCUUAUUUGUUUGCCUCAACCACUAUCCUGAAAUGUCAAAAAGGAAACAGCUUUGAUUUCAGCACCUUGCUCUGCUCAAUACUGCUUGGCGUGGGGUACGAUGCAUACUGUGUCAGCGGGUAUGCUACGAAGGAAAUAUGUUUGAUGGAUGAGACAAAGGAAAUCUGCCCACUACUGCAAGAAGAUGAUAAGAAUAAGAAGAAAGAAAUCAUGCCACCUGUGAAGAAGUACACGGUGAAACCAGUCCGAGAGUUGCAGAGCAAAUUUGAAAUUAACCAGGAAGCCCGUCGGCGAGCAGAAAAGAUAUUAGAUGAUGAACAGAAACAGAAAGAUUAUGAGGAAAUGAUAAAUCUGAAAAUUAAAGGUGCACGUGAUGUCAUGUAUGGUCUGCGGGUCCAUUGUUGGGUUCUGGUGCUUGCAGGCAAAAGAGACGUCCCAGAGAACUUCUUCAUUGACCCUUUCACAGGAAACAGCUAUGAAACUACAAAUGAACGAUUCUUGGGGAUUGAAAGCAUCUGGAACCAUAAGAAUUACUGGGUGAACAUGCAAGACUGCAAAUUUGGCGUCAAGAAUGUACGUUUUGACCUUGGUGACCCUGUAAAAUGGGAGUAUAUGCUACCAUCUGAGAAUCAAGAAAUUGUCGUUCCUGAUUCGUAUGAGUACCUGGAUGAGGGUGAAGAUGACGAUGAAAAAGAUGUAGAAAAGAUUUUUGACAUGCCUCCAUCAUGGGCUCAGCAAAUUGUUAUUCCUGCUAAAGACAUUGAAACACGCUGUCCAAAAGGUGAAAAGAUAAUUCAGUAUAAGAAGGCGAACUUGGAGAAGUAUGCGCCUUACUUGAACAUAGAUGGGAUGGUGAAGCGAUUAAUCGAAUAUGAGGAUAUUGAAUGUACUUCUUUUCUGAAGGUGACAGAGUGGUAUGCAAACAGAAGAGACAAUCUGGAGAAAAUUGAACGUAACAUGAAAACUCGGACCAUUACGGAGUAUUUUAGAAACGGCCGACAUCUGGCACUCAGAAAACACGUCUUCCGAUCAUCCGAGCCAGAGACCGACAGGACAAUGAAAUUCAAUGGAAAGCUUCGUGUGGAUGGGCUGAUGAGCAGAGUGGAAACUCCUACAGAGAUGAUAGGGAAGUUCAGGGACAGGCCAGACUUCCUCAUUUACAGACACACAGUCUUUGCCAAACGACUGAAGAAAGUGAAGCUCCCCGGAGCUAGUCACUCAAACUACCGCACCAUUCUAAAAAUAAUAGAACGCUUUGCCAGAAACAGAAAGAAGCCAGCCCACCAGGAUGUGGCAGAGCAAAUAUUCCUGAUCACUUCAGAGCAUGUUCAGCUGACGUAUCAUCGUGAGGAUGACAGGAUCACAGCAGUGAAGAGAGAAUUCAUCCUCCCACCAAACCUGAUGCAAAAAGAUGACCAGGAAGUUAACAUGGACCAGAUUGUUAUGACGUUUGAGGUUGACCCUCUGGUGAAGCCAUGUAAAAACGUGGUUCUGUAUCAGACGAUGAUAGGACUUUUGAAGGCACAAACUACAUCAAUGCAAGCUGUUAGAGAUUCUGAGCAUGAGGUACGUGAAAUUCUCAAGGACAGGGCUGCAGAACGUAGGGCGAAUGAACUGACCAUCUCAGUGUAUGACACAGAAAGAAAUGAGAAAGCUAAAGAACACAGAAGAACUCAGAUGCGUAUAGAGGAGGAGCAGCGGUUGCGGCGUGCCGAGGAGGAGGUGGAUUAUCUCGCACCUUUCCUUGCUCGGCUUGGUCAACCCAAGAAGAUCACCAAGAAGGUAGCCAUGACGCUUCGCAGUGACUGCCUGGCAGACAUGAAGCAGAGGCUGAUCGACAAAGCCAAUCUUAUUCAAAGUCGCUUUGAGAAGGAGGCUUUGGAGCUCCAGAAUAAACAGCAAUGGUACCAGCAGAACCAGAUAUCCAUGACCAAGGAAGAUGAACAGGCCUACUUGUCCUACUGCUCUGAGGCCAUGUUCCGAAUUCACAUCCUUGAAUUGCGCCUCAACAAGCACAAAGAGAGAGCGCCAACCAGGUACCUGGCUCUGGAGGACAAGAUUCGCAAAGACUCACGGUUGGCCAAGAAAUUAAAGGACUGCUGAAUGUGUUCAUUGCCCACUGCAGUGCAAACCAUGAUCUGGGGAAAAUGAUUGAUGUGCAGGAGACUUUGUGCAAUCCCAGAAACACCAUUUCAAAAUAAAAAUAAAAACAUGGUCUGAGCGGGUUCAUAUGAAUAGUUUUGAUUAAUAAGAAUUAAUGAUUUAACAGAAAAUACUGGAAACGCAGAACAGGUCAGACAGGAUCUGGAUAUAGAGGUACAUUUCAGGUCUAAAAUUCUUUACUGGAAAUGGGAAAAUGGGAAAAUAAUUUAGUUUUAAUUUGCAGGGAAGGAGACGGAAUUAACAAUGGGGGAAGUUAUUGCAAAGGGAUAAAUUGUAGAGGUUGUUGAGGUUAUCUAGCCAAUUAAUUAAUGCAGUGAGAGAGAAAGGGAAUGGACAAAAGUCAUAAAAUAAGGGGUAUUAGAGUGUGAGAAUAUAAGCAAAGGAAGAAGUCACAAAAUACAGGGCUAUAACAUUUGUUCAGAAGAUUAGGCUGUGUUAAUGAAGAGAAAAUAUUCCAGAUUGAUGACUUGCAGCAGAAACAGCCAGUUCCUAUACAGACACAAAAGCAAGUUAUCUGAAGUGGUGGCUCCCAAAGGUUGCAUUGUGAGCAGAUGAAAGAUUAAUUGCUUUUCAUAAACCUUUUCUUGAGCCUUGAACAGUGCAGGCCAUAAAUAGGUCAGGUUAGCAGUGUAAUGGAGAAUUAAAAGGGCAGGCAGCAGGAAGCUGUCAUCCCUGUGGACAGACGCCAGUAUUCUACAAAGCAGUCACCCAAUAUGCAUUCACAACUGCUGCCUGGCCUGUUGAGUGUUCCCAGCAUCUUCUGUUUUUAUCUCAGAUUCCCAGCAUCUGCAGUUGUUUUGAUUUUUGUUUGAAGAUUUGAUUGUAUACAUCAACAUAUUUUAUGUAAUAAAGUUCUGAAUGUGAUCAGU